AUGCCUGUGGAAAACAACACUGUUGUAUCCGAGUUCAUUUUUCUGGGAUUUACAGAUCAGUUAGAAUUGAAGAUUCCCAUUUUCAUGUUAUUCCUGCUGAUCUACAUUGUCACUGUGGUGGGCAACCUGGGAAUGAUUGUGUUGAUCAGAAUGGACCCUCAGCUUCAUACCCCCAUGUAUUUUUUCCUCUGCAGCUUAGCUCUCCUAGAUUUUUGCUAUUCCUCCAACAUCACCCCCAAGGCCUUGGAAAAUGUCAUGUCAGAAAGGAAAACCAUUUCUUUUGUGGGAUGCUUCAUCCAGAUGUACUUCUUUGUUGCUCUCGCAAGUACAGAGUUCAUCCUUUUUGGGUUGAUGGCGUAUGAUCGUUAUGUGGCCAUCUGCAACCCUCUGCUGUACACAUCUAUCAUGUCCCACACCCGAUGCAUCAAGAUGGCAGGCGGAGCAUUUACAGCUGGCUUCCUGAACUCAAUUAUACAUACCACUUUGGUAGGUACUUUGUCUUUCUGCCAGUCAAAUGAAAUCAACCAUUUUUUCUGUGAGGUUCCCCCACUCCUCAAGCUCUCAUGUUCAGACACCUCCGUGACGGAAGCACUCGUUUUCAUUUGUGCUGGAACCAAUAUGUUGGGCUCUCUCCUAAUAAUACUGAGUUCCUACACUUACAUCCUUUUGACAGUGCUCCAGAUGAAUUCAGCUGAGGGCCGCCGAAAAGCCUUUUCUACAUGCAUCUCCCAUCUUAUAGCUGUAACCAUAUUCUAUGGAACUACUGUGUAUGUUUAUUUACAACCCAAUUCAAACUAUUCAGAGGAUCAGAAUAAGGUUGUUUCUGUGUUUUAUGCAUUUGUCAUCCCAAUGCUCAACCCUUUAAUCUACAGCCUGAGGAAUAAGGAAGUGAAGGCUGCACUGAAGAGAGUAACACAUAAGAAAUCAUUUUCCCACUUACUGUAA